AUCCAUUACUUUUAUCAAUAUCGCGGAUUGUACACAUAAAAAAAAUUAAUGGGAAGCCGUGAUUACACGGGACUAUCUAGUUAAGGAAACAACAAAAUGAUUUUCGAAACAGAUGAUUUGAGCCACAAAUAAUACGAUUGCCGCCAGUAUGUUCUUUACUCUCAGUAGUUUUAUUUCCAAUUUCCCAUGGCAUACUGCAAAAAAAUAAUGGUCCUUGUGGAUUGGCUUUCUUAUCCAGACAAAUCCAAAUAAUGUCCUUUCCUCUUAGAUUUCCUCACUCUCUUCCCUUCUCAAUUUCAACACACACUCACACAACAGAAACAUUCAUACUCCACCAGAAGAAAUUUACAGCAACCUCCGUUGGGUUAGUUACUCAAAACCCAACCGGCAAUGGAUUCCAUCUUGUUAAAUCCUCCCAUUUCUUCUCUCAAACUCCCCUCAAAACUCACCACCUAUACUUUCUCUUCUCAAUCACUCUUCAAACCCUCCACAGUUGUCAAUUCCAAAACCGUUCAAUUCCCGGUUUUAAUCUCAGCCACUCUGCAAAACCAAGAAGAAAAGCAAUCGGAAAUCGUCGAAGCAGAAACUCAAUUCGAGGAUUACAACCAAGAUGAAUCCUACGGUGAAGUCAGCAAAAUUCUGGCCAGCAGGAAAGCGUCCGACCCGGAUGAUGAUGGAGAUGGAACCCGAGUCCGGAUGGAGUACCUAAUCGAGUGGAAAGAUGACCAUGCCCCCACGUGGGUCCCGUCGGAAUACAUCGCCGAUGACGUCAUUGCGGAGUACGAGACCCCGUGGUGGAUGGCGGCGCGUAAAGCGGACGAGUCGGCUCUAAAGGAGCUCAUCGACGGAGAUUACGGGCGGGACGUGAACGCGGUGGACGACGACGGCCGGACGGCCUUGCUGUUCGUGGCGGGUCUCGGGUCGGAGCCGUGCGUGAGGAUCUUAGCCGAAGCCGGAGCCGACUUGGAUUACAGAGACAAAAGCGGCGGCUUAACCGCGCUGCACAUGGCGGCAGGUUACGUCCGGCCGGGCGUCGUGAAGGUGUUAGUUGAAUCCGGCGCAGACCCGGAAGUGGAAGACGACCGGGGCCGGACGCCGUUGGAAUUGGCGCGGGAUAUUCUGAAAGUGACGCCGAAAAUGCAAUUCGUGAAGAGAUUGGGGCUCGAAAGUGUAAUUAACAUACUAGAAGGGGAAAUAUUCGAGUACGCGGAGGUGCAGGAGAUUAUGGAGAGGAGAGGGAAAGGUGAUAAGCUGGAGUAUCUGAUCAAAUGGAAGGACGGUGGAGAUAACGAGUGGGUUAAAGCCGGAUUUGUGGCUGAGGAUUUAGUUAAGGAUUUUGAAGCUGGGUUGGAAUACGGUGUGGCCGAGUGUAUCCUUGAUUCCAAGGAACUAGAGGGUAAGAAAGAGUACUUAGUUAAAUGGACGGAUAUAGAUGAGGCCACUUGGGAGCCUGAGGAAAAUGUAGAUCCUAUUUUGAUCCAAGUUUUUGAAGAGGGUAAACAACAGAAAGAAAUUAUCUCUUAAUUAUAUAUAUUUUUUUGUACAAUUCUUUCCAGUUUUGCUUGAUUAUAUUAUUAUAGUUGGUGAUUGAAAAUCAAUUUUUUUUUUUAAGAAACUAAAAUUAGAAGGUGUAGUAGUGAUUGCCUCCAAAAGGAAAAAAUUAGCGUUCAUACUUAAAGUUUUGGACUCAUCGUCAAUUUUACCCUAUUAAUUUUAAGUUUGUCAAUUUUGUGCUUACUGUUUGAAAUUUUUGUGAAUUCCGUCUAAUUGGUUCAAUUUCCGUUAAAUUUAACGGAUUUCUGUUAGUUUUUAACUAAAAACACCCCGAUGGUUUUAGAAACUUAUAAAAAUAACCAAAAAAUAUAUAAAAUUA